AUGAAUGAGCAGUUGAAGAGAUUUCUUCUAUUUCUACCUUCUCAGCUGAACUUUGAACUCAACGAAAAUGUCCAGAAGGAGAUCCGGAAAGCGCUUUUCUUGUCGAUAACCAGUGAUGGAAGAUUCUUGGACUGGGUCUUGCCCGGGGUAGCCAAUGUCAAGGAUACGUUGGAGAAGGAGUACGAUUGGAGGUUCGACAAGUACCUCAAGCAGCUAGCUGUGCAGAGAGAUGUCCGCGAAGUGCAUAGCAUCUCGGCUUUCCAUCCUAAUCAGCCAUGUUCGCGGAUUUUCAGAAAGGGCGAGCCGAUAUACCGGUGCUUGACCUGUGGGUUUAACGAGACGUGUGCCCUAUGUUCACAUUGCUAUCGGGCCUCUGAGCACGAGGGCCACGACACCUAUGUUGCAAUCUGCCUUCGCGAUAAUGGAGGAGUCUGCGACUGUGGAGACCCAGAGGCCUGGACACGAGAGUUCAAUUGUCCCUUUGCAUUGAACGAUUUGAACAUCCAGGAUCGAGAGCUACCGCACGAGUUCCAGCAAGCGAUUUUGAGCACGGUGAGCAUCAUACUAGACCAUGUUAUCGACGUGAUGGUGCGCAGUGAGUGCCACCUAGACGAAACUGACGAAGAACAAAACAAAAACAGCAGCAACAACAAAUGUCGCAUUGAACACAACACCCGUAUUAGUGCCUUGGACCCUCAUAGAUACGGCAGUUGUCCAGAGGAGUUCAUCGACGCUAGCAAUGACGAGUACAGCUUGGUUCUCUACAACGACCAAGUACAUCACUACCGAGACGCGGUCCAGCGCAUCCGGCUCGCAAGCAAGAAAUUCAAAGAGUUUGCUGCCAUGGUGACCGACAAGGUCCAAUUCUACGGCAAGGCCAGAGUCGUGAGCUCGAAAAGCAUAGACUUGCUUCUAGAGAGACAAGUGGUGCUAAACUCCACCGGGUUGACCACCUGCAUAAGAAGCGAGAGAGACCUUUUCCGCGAGGACGUGUGCAACGAGCUCAUUAGCUGGUUAAAUGACUUUACCGAAAGCGAGUUUUUCAAGGUGUACACUGACGCCAAAGACUUGUUUUGUGAGGCGUUUUGCCAACGAUGGCAGCGAGGUGUCUUGGGAAAUGACGGAGAAGAAGUAGAAGUAGAAGUAGAAGAAGAAGAAGAAGAAGAAGAAGAAGAAAAAGAAGAACAAGAACCCAGUAAAAACCACGUGCUGGAGUCAAAUUUCAAGAUUGGCCGAUUGAAUUCGGACUUGAGCAUCCCUCGAGGCGAUCAUGCCAGGGACCCGCACUGUCCGAGGACAGAAACCCACUGUCUGAAAUGUUUGGAGACUUGCCAAGACACCACCAAUUAUGGGUCCCGUUUGCAGUACAUGAUCUUUUUGGACGUUCGAUUUUGGAAAGCGGCCAGAGUACUACUACGCGACAUGUUUUCGACUUCUUUAAUCACAAACUUGAAGUUCAAAAACGCUCUUUCCAACCAGUACGUUGACAUAUACACCGCCGUGGCAGACAAUUUCCUAGUCUCGGACCGCGAGCCCGAAUGGAACCUCAUGUCAACUUUGUCGACUCAGCUCUUUAUGAGUCCAAGAAACUCCAAGUCCAUAAUCCAGCGCGGAGAUUUCGUAUCCAUCCUUGCCUCGAUCCAGGCGUUCUUGACCUCGGACAAAAUAACCUACGACUUUAGCAGUAAGCGAGGCAGAGAGAUAUCUAUGAAGAGCCUCAAGAAUAGACGAUGGGGACAGCUUUUUUUCGAUAUAAGUUUCGUUAUAAGCAGGGGAAAAGAAUUUCGGGAUGUUUUGGACCCGCAAACCGUUGCCGUGAUUUGCGACAUUUUGGAACUAUUCCAGGGCCGCCCUGUUUUAAAGAGAGAGAAAAAUGCUCACGUUGAGUAUGAGAACCCGGACUUUUCAACGGUUUUCCACGCGGUUCAAGCUAUUUACAAGUUUGCCGAACUAGCUGCUGACUCCAUCAACUGCUUCGAGAACAACAGCCCCUCGCGCCAGAGCAGAGCCCAGUCGGCUAUACUCGGUGUCUUGAUCAAUUUGAUCAAAUUGGAAUAUGGCAAAAUCGAGGGUGUAAAGUACGAGAAUACCGACAUAACCUUAAAGAAGCACGAGUUUAUCGUCGAGCCCGUCACGAAGCGACUACUAAAGAAAUCCAGUGUGCACGAAGACAAGGUUAGUUUCCUCCACCCAAUGCACUCGUUCCUCAGUUGGUUGAUUGAGUACUCAAAUUUCGCCAACUUGUCUAUAUUGCAAAACAUUAUCGAGCAAGCUCGCGUUCAAAGUUUCCCCAAUUGCCCCGCCGAGGUUGAAAACUUGAUUUUUGAUUAUCCAAUCAAAACAACGGUGCUUUUGUCCCAGAUCAAAGCCGGAUUUUGGGUCCGAAAUGGGUUCAGUGUCAAGUCCCAAUCGCACUUGUACAGAAACACGGGAAUCAGAGAUUAUGGCUACCUCAGAGACUUGUAUCUCAUCCAAGUAUACUUUAACAUUGGCCACCCAGAUUACGUGACAUUCUUUAUACUCGAUAGGUGGUGCCUCGGUAAGGAGUGGUCGCUUGAUACCGAGUCCGUUUACGACGGCAAGAUUUUUUCCUACAUGCUUGAAGAAUGCUUCAAUUUUUUCAUCCAUUUGACAACCGAAGUCCGUCAUUUAAAGGGUCUUUCAGAAGAAGAGUUGAGCAAAAUCAAAAUUAAACAAGUCAUCUUGCAUCACCUAUGCUUUGAACCGAUUGGGUACAAAAAGCUAUGCUCGUACAUUCCUGAAAGCGUUGUGUGCGAUAAGAGAUUUGACAUAACUUUGAGCGAAAUGACAAACUACAAGAAGCCCGUGGGGCUGAAUGACUCCGGCGUGUUGCAACUAAAAGAACAGUAUUUUGAGGAAAUCAACCCAUAUUACUUCAAUUACACGACAAACAGAAGGGAUGAAGCUUUAGCAUUUGUCAAAUUGCGCAAGCAUAAAAAGACAGGUUUGCCGAAACGAGAAGUGGUGAUUGAGCCCGUUCCUUCAACGGAUGAUAUUUUGCCCAUCUACAGGUUCAUUUGCAACUUUUCAGCAUCUCAACAUUUUCAAGCAUUUUUAAUGAAGACCUUGGUGUACAUCUCGCGAAGCGACAACAGGGAUCUGCUUGACGGUUUGCUAGAGACCGUUUUGCAUUUGAUCCACAUAUGCAGUUUCGAGGACAAUAUCGAUACUGCGCGGUACGGCGAUUUUUAUGCCAAAUUUGUACAGCACAUUGCAAAUUACUCGACUUCGAUCUGCGAAUUGUUGUAUAAAUUUCUCAACGCCGAUGAGUACCGCUCCAUGCACUCCAAGAUCCGCAUGAUUUUCCACACCCUUCAAAGGAAACAUCCAGAUUUGAUUGAAACGAUGCGGGGACAAGUUGCAAAUUUCAGCAGCCAAGUCUUGAGCAGCUCCGCAGAAAAAUACUUGAAUGUUGAAGGAGAAGCUGCUCGCAAGAAGCGUCUUGCUGGCAUCAAGCAAAAGCAGUUGAUGGAGAAAUUCAAAAAGCAACAAGCUGCCUUUUUGAAGAACAAUGCCAAUGAUGAUGAUCCAGAAUUGAGGGAUGUGGAAAUGAAUGCUUCGGACGAAGAAGAAAAUGCCGGCUGGGCGUUCCCGGAGCAGCACUGCAUCCUAUGCCAAAAUGCCACCGAAAAUGCGGGUCCUUUUGGAAUCAUUGCGCACAUUGGACGAGCGUCGACUUUUCGUCAGGUCCCUUUCAACAGCAGUUAUUGGUUCUUGAAGGCGUUUUCCGACUCUGCGAAUUUGAACUGCGCCGAAAACGAGGACGACGAUUCUUGUAUAAGGUCAGCAAAUUGGCGGUCCUACAUGGCCGAUAUCCGCGAAAACAACGCGUUUGGACCUGGCUUUGACACUGCAUCUGCAGUGGAAAGUAAAGUGGUUGCUCUGAGCUGCGGCCACGGAAUGCAUUUCCAGUGCUAUCUCAACUAUAUGGAGAGCACUCGCGGCAGACAGUUUCAAGUGACGAGAAACACGCCCGAAAGUUCGAAUCUGAAUGAAAUCCUUUGUCCCUUGUGCAAGCUGGUCAACAAUACAUUUAUCCCGGUUCUUUCGAGAAGAAAUGGCAGAAGCUUCAUCCAGUUGGUGGCUAAAACCAGCACCAGCACCAGCACUAACACUCGCACCAGCACUAGCACUAGCACUAGCACUAGCACAAGCAGCAACAAUCCCUUUAGGGAAUACAAUUGGGGCAGAUUUGUUGACGAAAAGUUUCGAAAUGAAUUUACUCUUUUUUUGCAGUCCGAUUUAAGAGCAAUGAUUGGAUCGGAGGAUCCUUCGCUUUGGAAAAUGUGGGCUACCCAAGACCACCUUAAUCUCGAAAGAAUGAUGGAGAACAUCUUCCACACACUCAAAUUAUCGACUUUUCCUCAAGUAAGCGAACCGGACCUAUCGGUUAUAUUGAGCAAUUCAAUCAAGUCAACUGAAAUUUGCCUCAGAGGAGUGUCUUCUGGCACUGGCACUGGCACUGGCACCACCACCACCACCACCACGGUUAUUCACCAAAUUCCCAAUAGCUCAGUAAUCAUUUUGCGUGUUUUAUACGAAUUGAGGUUGUCGAUCAUUGGCAUGAAGUUGAACAACGUGCUUGCAAACUCUCAUUGGAACAGCGACACUAGAACCAAAUUGGUCUCAAGCAUCUUAUCGCUCUCGCCAGGGCAGAUAAACAACACCAUCAUGGAGUCCGAUUUCUUUGACGUGUUGACGAGCAUGAUUUCCAUUCCUUCACUCGGCUUGUCAUUCAACUCGAUUUUGCGUGUCACGUUUGUCUGUCACGUACUCCAAUGUUUUUUUGUCAUCUUCAAGGAGUUGCGCUCAUGCGAACCAAUUGUGCGUGACUAUAGCUUGGACGACAUACCAAUUUUGAGCAGCAUUCCACUGGACGUGGCGACAGCUGCGCUCGACUGUUUCAACAGCUUCUAUAAUAAAGCUAAUCAAUCAUCAAACACACGUCUCCCAGUUUUGGGUGAAGUAAUAUACACCAUGGUGGUGAAAGCCGCGACUCCGUUUUUAAGACGAGCUUUGAUUUACGCUUAUGUGCAGUGUGCGAAUCUCGACGGAGCCGAUGAGCUACUACUUUCAACCAGCAAUGAACUAGAACCAGAACCAGAACUAGAAUCGGAAAAGAUCUGCCGUGUGUUAAACGUGGAUCGCGUUCUGACAAUCAUUCACUCAUUCUGUACCGCUGGAUCUUGGGAAAAUGAGAUUUUUUGUGAUUUUCUUGCCCACCUUAGUUCGAGGUCAUCGGAGCUCGUGAUUGCGAGAAAGCUCGAGUACCCCGGUAUCAUUAAAUUGAUUGAUUUACCGCAAAGGCUAGAUUUUUUCUUUUCGAGAUACUACUAUCUGGAUAAAUUCAAUAAUCCCCAUAGCACGAUUGAAGAUCCGGCCAUUUGCUUGUUUUGCGCCAAGGUCGUCGACCUACAGAAGCAAGCCACCGGAUGCAACGAAGGCGAAUGCACCGUCCACUACCUCCAAGAAUGCGCUAGUGAUGUUGGCGUGUUUCUAAUCCCAAAAGACAGAACCAUGCUUCUAUUACACAAGAACGGCGGUUCGUUCCACGUUGCGCCCUUUUUGGAUGAACAAGGAGAAUCACCGGACGAAAACAAGAAAGCGAAAGCGUUGCAUUUGAUGGAACCGCGAUACGUUGAAUUCACUAAGCACGUGUGGUUGCAACACAAUAUCUCCAACUACAUUGCCAGAAGUUUAGAAAGCGUUGUUGAUCCUGGUGGUUGGGAAAUGUUAUAA